UGAGGUGGCGACGCGGGCGGGGGGCUACGGGCAGCGGAGCGAGCGGGCCGGUGGGCCGCAGCACGACGACUGCAGCGGCUUUCGGGUGCGCUAGCCCGGGCGCGCGGGGGCCGACCGAGGAGGGGCCGGAGCCCGGCUUGGGGACUCAAAAAAGCUUCAAUAUGAAUCAGAUGAGUUAAUGAUUAUCAGCUUGUUUUGAAAAGUGGAACAUGGCUCAGUGGUUCCAGAUCCUUCUUGAUGAGCAGGAAUGAAAAUGGUCUUCAGAAAGUAGGAUGUGCUUGGUGGAUUCACACUUGGCAGAAACUCUUGACACUUCCCCAGGGUCGCAGAGCUCACGGAUGAGUAGAAAUUACUUCUGUGAUGCAGGGAAUAUAAGUGCAAAAAAGAAGAAAUGAUGUAGAUAAUUCACUAUCCGAACUUCAAGGUCCGAGGUGGGAAGGAAGGUCAGGAAGACUAUGGCCUGGCCAAAUAUUUUUCGAAGAGGGACUGCGUUCUCCCGGUUCAGCCAUCAUCAUGUUGUUGUGUUCCUGCUCACCUUCUUCAGUUACUCGUUGCUCCACGCAUCAAGAAAAACUUUUAGCAACGUCAAAGUCAGUAUCUCUAAGCAGUGGACCCCAACUGCUUUUAACAAGUCAGUUAGACUGCCUGUAGAGAUCUGGAGCUGCAACCAUUUGUUUCCCAGCGCAGAGGAAGCCACUCUUUUCCUCGGGACCCUGGACACUAUUUUCCUCUUUUCUUAUGCUGUGGGCCUUUUCAUCAGUGGAAUUGUUGGAGAUCGGCUUAAUUUACGAUGGGUUCUAUCUUUUGGCAUGUGCUCUUCUGCGCUAGUGGUGUUCGUCUUUGGCACAGUCACAGAAUGGCUGCAUUUCUACAACAAGGCAUUCUACUGCUGCCUGUGGAUCGUAAACGGCCUGCUGCAGUCCACUGGCUGGCCCUGCGUCGUGGCUGUCAUGGGCAACUGGUUUGGGAAAGCUGGACGAGGAGUUGUGUUUGGUCUCUGGAGUGCCUGUGCUUCGGUGGGCAAUAUUUUGGGAGCGUGCCUAGCUUCUUCUGUUCUGCAGUACGGUUACGAGUAUGCCUUUCUGGUGACAGCGGCUGUGCAGUUUGCUGGUGGGAUCGUCAUCUUCUUUGGACUCCUGGUGUCACCAGAAGAAAUUGGUCUCCCAGGUAUCGAGGCAGAAGAAAAUUUUGAAGAAGAUUCACACAGGCCAUUAAUUAAUGGUGCUGAAAAUGAAGAUGAAUAUGAGCCCAAUUAUUCCAUCCAAGAAGGCAGUACUGUUACCCAGGUCAAGGCAAUAAGCUUUUACCAGGCCUGUUGUCUUCCUGGAGUUAUCCCGUACUCACUGGCCUAUGCCUGCCUGAAGUUAGUAAAUUACUCCUUCUUCUUCUGGUUGCCCUUUUAUCUGAGUAACAACUUUGGAUGGAAGGAGGCUGAAGCUGACAAGUUGUCCAUUUGGUACGAUGUUGGAGGAAUUAUAGGUGGGACUUUGCAAGGUUUCAUCUCUGACAUAUUACAGAAGAGAGCACCGGUUUUAGCUCUCAGCUUGCUUCUGGCCGUUGGGUCCCUCGUUGGAUAUAGCCGUUCUCCAAACGAUAAGUCCAUUAAUGCACUUCUGAUGGCAGUUACAGGGUUUUUUAUUGGCGGACCUUCUAACAUGAUUAGCUCUGCUAUUUCUGCGGACCUGGGUCGUCAGGAGCUGAUCCAAGGGAGCAGUGAGGCUUUGGCGACCGUCACAGGAAUUGUUGACGGAACUGGAAGCAUUGGAGCUGCCGUGGGCCAGUAUUUAGUGUCUUUGAUCCAGGACAACCUGGGAUGGAUGUGGGUGUUCUACUUUUUCAUUCUCAUGACAAGUUGUACAAUUUUAUUUAUCUCGCCAUUAAUAGUGAGGGAAAUCUGCUAUCUCAUGCAAAGACGACAAGCUCACGUACUGAGUGAGUGAGUGUUGACCACAGAAGAGAAGAACAAUGGGAGACACAUCAGGACUGUUAUUUCUUUUAAUUCACCCUAUUGGGAGUUGUCUUAGGAGCUCCAGCAAAACCUCAGAUUGUCAAGCCUCUUUCAGCAGUGUCGGCCACUUGAGCUGCUGACCGGUGGGGAAGGCUGGGCUGUUUUUCUGCACUACAUGAGUUACUGUGGGUGAUUUUCAUUGCUGCUUCGCAAACGUACUGAGUGGCCUGUGAAGCUGCCAGCCUUUUUAUUUGGCCUGUUGAGAUUAUCCUUGUAACCUGAAUUACUGUCUUGGACUUGGACCCCAAUUCUCCAGCCUGGAAAGUUCAGUGGCCACAAGACAGUUGCACGUGGUUUGCAUCAAAGAUGGGCUCCAUGAGUAGGGGAGGAUCGCUGGAUUCUGCUUUGAUAAUGAGUCUGUAGAGA